AUGGUGACUUCAACAGAAUAUUUUGGGUUUGAAUUCUACAACCUUGGGCCUUUGACAACCACCUUUACAGCACCAUCAUCUUGCACAACAGUAAAUACUAAGCAAGUACACUUUGUGAACAAGAGUGCACCAUACCUGUACCAUGUAGGCCAGGCCAACUGCGAUCAUUGGACUCAGGGCAGCUGCCGACCGUCCGGUGUCGAGAUUGACAGUGUUGUUUCAGACAUCCGUCUUACCACUACUGAUCCUGGACUUUUUUUAUACUAUCACUCCCCUGGCAUUGCUUGCCCAGAUGGUUGGGACACUGUGGGAAUUAUAGCCAAGUCUGACAGCACAUUGUCAGUUUCUGGCUUCAUGACAAAUACGAUAAAAGAUUACGAUAAGUAUUCUACUUAUUAUCCUACAUCUCAGUCAGAUCAGCCACGAUUUAUGGAUUUCACCGAGCUUUGGAAUGGCAUUCUUAAGCCGUCCGACACGGUAGCAUUUUGCGGACCAACUAGUGGCUACGAGAUUGAUCCGGCUGGGCGUUGUAUUUCAACAAUAGGAAGCUAUUCCAAAUAUGAUUAUAAGACUUGGUGCUACGUGGGAAUGGCAUAUGGAGGUAAUCUCGAAGAUGACCUGGUUGUUGUUUCCACAGUCCCCGGAAUCACACAUAAGCCUGGCCUGCUCUCCUGGGUUCAUCAAGGAGUGAGCUAUUCAAGUAUUUUCACACGGUCUGAAGAUAUGACCGGAUCUUGGGCUACGAAUGCAGCUAGAGAUUUUGCAGUUGUUACUACGGUCGAGGUACUACCUAUUGUCUUCCAGAAGUCAGACUUGGACGCUGCCGCAGCAACUGCAACGAUGACAGAGGAGUCUGUAGUUGAAAAGACCAGCGUUGGCACAGACGCUGCUGAGAGUACAGGUUUUGCGAUUUCUAAGCCAGGACUUAUACCAGUUUUUACUGUCUUGAUUAGUAUACUUGCGUCGGGUGGAAUUUUCUCACUAUGA